CCAACGCGAAUUUUCCCGGAAAGAAAAGAAAAGAAAAAAAAAAGGAAAAGGAAAAUGAGAGGCAAAAAAAGAAAAAUCUUCCUACAUUUCCGAGCCGUCUCUCCUUGUGCUGGGGAUUUCUUCAAUUUUUAAACCCACCGAAAACUCAAACUAUUCUUCACUUUCCGAACUCUCCCAUUUUGCCUUUCCUUGCUUUGCCUUGCCUUGACUUCAAUCUCUCUCUCUCUCUCUGGGCCUUGCGAAAAGGGUUCAAUAGAUAGAUAUAGAUGGAGAUCGAUAAAGCAAUCAGAGAAAGCGAUGAUCGAAGGCUGAAAACGAAGUACAACAACGCCAUUUAUGUCAUUCAACGAGCUCUCGCUCUGUACUCAAUUGAAGAGGUUGCCUUUAGCUUCAAUGGAGGAAAGGAUUCAACUGUUUUGCUACAUCUGCUGCGAGCUGGUUAUUUUUUGCAUCAAGUGGAACAAAGUGAUUCGAAUGGGGAUCUCACUGAUUGUGAUUUCACAUUUCCAAUACGAACCAUAUAUUUUGAGAGCUCUUCUGCAUUUCCGGAAAUCAACUCGUUCACUUAUGAAACAGCCUCUACUUAUGGCGUGCUACUGGAUAUCAUUCGCCUAGAUUUCAAGUCUGGUCUUGAGGCUCUCCUAAAGGCUAAUCCUAUCAGAGCUAUUUUUCUUGGCGUUCGCAUUGGCGAUCCUACUGCGGUAGGCCAAGAACAAUUCUCCCCUAGUUCCUCUGGAUGGCCGCCUUUCAUGAGAGUGAAUCCAAUCUUAGAUUGGUCAUACAGAGAUGUAUGGGCAUUUCUUUUGACUUGCAAGGUUCGAUAUUGCAGUCUGUACGAUCAAGGUUAUACUUCAAUUGGGAGCAUACAUGAUACAGUUCCAAAUGCCUUAUUGUGCAUAAAAAAUUCUGACAGCAGCAAAGAAAAAUUUAGAGCUGCGUAUAUGCUUCCAGAUGGAAGACUAGAAAGAGCAGGGAGAGCAAAGAAAUAUUCGACUCCAGUUUGUGGACGUUUUCUUGCUGUUGGCAAUGGCUUGAAAAGUGUGGACAUGAAUGAAAAUGGCAUCCUCACAGCCUCGGUCAUUGCUGUGGGAGAUGAGCUUCUGUUUGGCACCAUUGAGGACCAACUGGGACCUUCCUUGUGUAGAAAGCUUUGUUCUAUAGGUUGGGCAGUAUCACAAAUUGCUGUGGUCCGAAAUGAUAUAGAUUCUGUAGCUGAUGAAGUUGAACGGCAGAAGUCUGCAAAUGAUCUGGUUUUCAUAUAUGGAGGGGUUGGCCCAUUGCAUUCAGAUGUUACUGUUUCAGGCGUUGCAAAGGCAUUUGGGGUUCGUAUGGCUCCUGACGAAGAAUUUGAAGAAUAUCUUAGGCAUCUUAUCAGUGACAAAUGCACCGGGGAUCGGAAUGAGAUGGCUCAGUUGCCCGAGGGUAUCACUGAAUUACUGCAUCAUGAAAAACUACCUGUGCCUUUGAUCAAGUGUCUAAAUGUAAUCAUCCUUACUGCAACGAAUGUUACCGAGCUGGACGGGCAGUGGGAUUGUCUGAUUGAAUUAACAAGUUCUAGUGGCCUUCUAGCAUUGGCGGAACCAUUUGUAUCUAAGCGCUUGAGAACCACUCAGUCAGAUGUAGAAACUGCUCAACCUCUAUCAAAACUGUGUCUUGAAUUCCCAGAUCUUUACAUAGGUUGCUAUCGUGAAUCCAGAACUGGUCCCCUUGUUAUUAGUUUUGAAGGCAAGGAUCAAUCAAGAGUAGAAGCAGCUGCGGAAGCACAUUGCAAGAAGUUUCAUCCUGGGGCUUUCUAUGAAAUCAAUUGACUUGAGGGGGGUGAAACUGCUCGUCUUUGAACCAUAGCCUGCUUGGGCAUUGACUGAGCUUUGUCAUAGCUGCGUCAGGCAGCCUUUCUAUCGGGGGAUUCAGAUGGUUGGUGGGUGGGUGGCAUUGGAAUUACAGCGGGGGGAAAGGUUUAUUUUAUUUUAUUUUAAAAUUUUAAAAUAGAACAAUUUCGGAACUUGUAAAGACCUUGAUUUAAUUUUUCGGAAGGUAAUUGUUAAGCAUUGUUGUCAGGCUAGUAACAAGCGCACAAGACAAUGUAUAAGUUGUUGGGCAAAGGAAAGAAAUGUUGUUGCUGAUCCAUUGAAACUUUCAGUGCCUUUUUCGCAUUCGGUUAAUCUGAAAAAACUAUAUAUAAAAAUUAAAAAAAAACUCAAGUCUUGGUGAUGCGAUA